UAUAUGUUUUUGUCGUCUCUUAGAUUUUCCGAUUUUUAUUAGAGACAUACUGACUUUUUUCUGGCAUGCCUGCGGUACUUUGAGGGAAUUAUUGUCCUUGGUAGAUUUCUCCGCACCACCGGCUUGUCACUGUGCUCACACAGCUGUCCGUAGCCUGGCGCAAGAUUUCCUUAUGUUAUUAUUUUACUUCAUAUCUAAAUAAGCAACUUGAGUAAAGACUCUGAUUUGAUACUACCAUGGAAAUCGAAGACAAAUUUUAUACUUGCGAAGAGGUGCCUCGUCUAUCGUUCCAAGAUGCAAAAGCAAUGCAACUUAUUGCUGAUGAGAAACCAGUUGUUCUCACACAUGCACAUAUAUGUGAGCCUGCUCUCAAGUGGGACCUCAAAUAUCUUCUAGAGCAUAUUGGUGAUGCAGAACAUGUUGUGUUUGCAUCAUGCUCAAAUGUCUUCAAAUAUUAUGAUGACCAAAAAAUUAAAUUCUGUCCUCAGUUUGAAAGGCCUACUGAAAAGCUAGCAAUGACUUUCAAAGAAUUCUACCAGAGAUUUAAUAACUGGAAACCUGGAGAAAAAAAGUUGUACCUGCAACAAAGUCUAUCCAGCACAGUAGGACCUAAAGUGGCAGCUGAUUUUGUGUCAUUCAAUUGGCUUUGGCUGACAAAUUUACAGAAGCUAGUGAACUGGGGAGCUUUAACCUCUAAUUUGCUGCUUAUUGCUGCAAAAGGUGGCUUAACUCCCGUGCACUAUGAUGAGCAGCAAAAUCUAUUUUGCCAGUUGAUUGGUCAGAAGAAAGUUACGUUGUUCUCCCCAGAGCACCAUAAUCGCCUUUAUCCUCAUCCAGUAUACCACCCGCAUGACAGGCAAAGUCAAGUGGACCUUUCAAAGCCCAACUUCUCCCUUUACCCUGGGUUGCGCCAUUUACAUGGUCAUGAAGCAAUCGUGGGGCCGGGUGACGUGCUUUAUAUUCCCAUUUAUUGGUGGCAUCAAGUGGAGUCCCUCAACACUCACCCAUACACUGUCUCUCUCAACUUCUGGUACAAGGCACCUCCCGCUGACAACAUUUCCUACCCGUUACUGCCACGCCAAGAAGUUGUGAUCAUGCGCAACAUAGAGAAGAUGAUAGUGGACGUGUUCAAAGAGCCUUCUCAAGUUGACCAUUUCUUCCAGUCUUUGACGUUAGGCCGAUACACCGUGCAAGGCGCCGAUGUCCCUGCUACGCUUUCGGCAAGCUUAAUGAAUCCUGAAUUAUUUUCCAAAGAACAUCUCAAUGACCAAAAGCGAGAAGAACCCAGCAAAGACUCUGAUAAAUUGGUAGGAGUUCAAGCGAGAGGCGCGAGGAAGAAAAAGAUAGUCGGUAAAAAUUCUUCUGCAAAUGUACGUGGAGAAGGUUCUGCUCAUGCUAAGGAUGGGACUAAUUCGACUUGUUCUUGUCAUGAAACAUCAAAUCCAGUUGUCGAGAACGGGAGUCCCUCGUGUACCUGCUGCUCGUCGUGCUCCAGUUCGCCUUCUCUCUGCAAGAAUUAUUCUCAUGCUUCCCAGUCUUCGUAAGGAUAAUGCAAUUAUUGACAAGAUGAACCGUAUGAAUGGUUGUAUAUGUGUCUCAUUUUGCAUGAAAAAUAAACUUGAAGUGUUUGAUAUCUGUAGACCUGCGUUACCCGAAGGCUGCUUAUGCAAGAUUUGCUUCGCUAUGUCAUGCCUUUAGUAUUAGGUACAUUUAUCAAUCGAAUUGAAGGAACGCAAUCUCACGCUGGCAACUUCGGUGCUGUAUGGUUUCAAAUGCGAACUAUUUUCAAUCCUUUCGGGACGUUUGCUAGCAUGCUGUAAGCACGGCCAAAUGUAGGUACCCCUAUUUCUAAAUCAUUAUGGUGUUCAUGUUUGUUCCAAAUUUUUAUUUUACUUAUUGGAGCCAAUUUUACAGAGUGUUCGGUACUGGGUUAGCAAAUAUGCGCCUUUCAUACCCUUCCCCUUAAAGUUAAUUACAAGUAUUGAUAAGUGCACGAGGAAAUAAUUAGAAAACUUUAUAGUCUGUAUGCUUGGGAUUCCUAAAUAAUCUACGGAUGUUGAAAUAAUUAUGUGAUGUAGUAUAACUCAACUUAUGAUAAUGAAAAUAUAUUCAACGUUUUCAUUAAAAGAUAUAUGAAGGACUACAAUUUAUAGAUCUUUAAGAAGUACGCUUUAGAAUAGAAAUGGUGAUCGUGUGUCUUGGUAAUAAUACUUGUUGUCACAUUGAGAUUGAAUUCGAGUAAAGUUUACCUGAUCAAAUUGUACUAAUAUAAUUACAUUGGCUAGAUAUAUUAAGGCAAAUGACUCACGUUUAUAUUUUGACAAGCAAUAUAUAAUGACGAUAAUAGAA